AUGCUUAGUAAUUUGAGGGAAAAUUAGUAAAACAAGUAGGUAUUAGUAAUUAUUUAGUUUAUAAAGCUAACUCGAAAAUUAAAUAAACAAUUAGGUUGAAUAUGCAUCAAUUUAAUAACCUAUUAAGUUUCGCUCGAUUUUAUUUCUACUUUAUUCCUUAAUGCUUUUAAUAGUGAUAAGUCUGCUAAUUUCUAUAGUAGUUGCGAAUAAAAAUAGACAAUCUUAAUAAAUACUUAUUUUAGGCAUUUUACUGAUUCCUCUUCUAACUGUUCUUCUUGGAUGCACUUUUUACACAUUACUUUAACUCUCUGAAGCGGAAGAAAGAUUCAAAAAAAUACCUUAAGAGAUGUAAUUGAAUAAAUAGAUUUACCAGUCCUCAAUUACAUUUUUCUUUUUCUAUACAAACUAAUCUAAGUUUACUAUAAUAAGAUUAACAUAAUUAUAUAUUAUAUUUGCGAUAUGUAUACUAAUAUAAAAGAUAAUUAUACUAUCACAAGAUGAAUUCUACUUUGAAGAAAAUUAAAAUCUUGAUGAUAACUCUCAUAAUAUGAAUAACAAUGAUAAAAAAUCAAUUCAACCAUAAAUGUUAUUGCCUUUAUUCAUUCUAUUAUCAGUCUUAACAUUUAUUUUUUUAAUGUUUGAAAUCAUGAAAAUUAUAUUAAUAAUCUAUUUCAAUUGCAGAAAUCAACCUAUACCUUCUUAUUAAUAUAAUGAUUUAAAUUUAAGUAAUAUUUUUAAAAAAUUUAAUAGAUAUUCUCAAAGUAAUUAGAUGGAGUAAAGCCUUUUGUGUUAUUUUUCUCGUCAAUCAUAUUGCAAAAAUGAUGAUAUUAUGCACAAUCUUUGUAACUCCUAAUUCUAGUUCAUAUGUUCUAAUAGGAUCAAAUCUUUUUUAUCAUUUUUUUAUGGCAACAAUAAUAAAUACAUUAUUUAAUGAUAUUUCAUCAAGUAUAUAUAAAAUGUUAAAAAUAUUUAGUUAAGAGACCUCCUUAAAGUGAUUGUUCAUUAUUUAUAAAUCAUUAAAUAUUAAUAGAUUCAAUAAUAAAAAAUAUGCAUACAAGAAAGGUAUUUUAAAUAUUAAUAUUAAUAUCUUUCAUAUUUACAAUUGUAGGAACUUGUAUAUUCAGAAUGGAUGAAUAAAAUGAAAUAAUAAAUCAUGAUAUUUUUAUAUUUUAUGAUUGUGCAAUAUUUUAAUUAAUAUUGCUUGGAUUUGCUCUUUUUAAAUAUUUGAUAUCUCCUCAUUUUAAUAAAAGCUAUAAUAUUGUUAAACAAUCAAAUUAAGUUGAUGAUCAAUAACUUUAAACAGUUGAAAAUUAAUAAAUAAGAUUAUCAACAGAAUAACUUUAAAUAGAAAUGAUGCUUAGACCUUAAAGUGAUUAGAUGAAUGGAAUUAAUUAAAUAAGCAGGUCAAAAUUACCUCGUAUAUCAAAUAUUUUAAAGAAUAAUAUUUUAUAAACAGAAGAUGAGAAAUAAGAUUGUAUAAUUUGUUUGCAACCAAUGAUAAAAAAUAUAGGAGACUAAUUAAUUUAAUUAAAUUGUCAUAGUACACAUAUCUUUCAUAAAAAAUGUAUAAGAGAUUGGUUAGCAUAAAAUAAAAAAUGUCCUUUAUGUAAUACGGCUAUUUUAUGA